AUGGGUUCGACCCAUUGCAUAAAAUUUUUCACAUUGUAUUUACUACUUAAGAAUAUUACUUGCACACAAGGAAAUUCUUGUAAUGGCACGGCUUCAGAACGAAUUGAAUACGAAUACACAACGGAUAUAGUUAGAAGUGAAUAUAUAAUAACAUUCACCGGCUAUUAUAUGAAAGCAUCAAGAGAAAAUUAUGUUUCAGCUGCAUUGAAAAAUGCUGGAAUUAAAAAUUGGACUAUGGUGACGAGAGAAAAUCGUGCUAAGGAUUUACCCAGUGACUUUGAAGUGAUUACACUAAAUGACAACCAUAAAGCAGCCCUAGAUGCUUUACGUGAUCAUCCUGCUGUUAGACGAGUCACAGCGCAGCGUCAAGUACAACGUACCAUAAAAUAUAUUAAUGAGGAUGACUGCCAAUCCCCAGAAUGUCUUUAUGCAGGAUGGAGACAAUUCAGACGAAGAUCCCGUGUUCUGAAUUCUCUAAGAAAACCUCAUGAAAAUGAUGGAUACUCAUCUAGAAAGCUGUUACGGACAGUCCCUCGCCAGAUAACAUCUGUGCUUAAAGCAGAUGUAUUAUGGUCCCUUGGCGUUACAGGUGAAGGCAUCAAAGUAGCAGUCUUUGACACUGGUUUGUCCCGAAAUCAUCCCCAUUUCGGUCACAUCCGGGAGCGAACUGAUUGGACUGGGGAAAAGACAUUAGACGACGCAUUGGGGCAUGGGACCUUCGUUGCUGGUGUGAUUGCCUCUAAAGCCGACUGCCUAGGUUUUGCUCCUGAUGCUGAGUUGCAUAUAUUCCGUGUGUUUACUGAUAAUCAGGUUUCUUAUACAUCAUGGUUCUUAGAUGCAUUCAAUUAUGCGAUAAUGAAGAAAAUCGACGUGCUCAAUCUAAGCAUUGGCGGGCCCGAUUUUAUGGAUCACCCUUUUGUUGAUAAAGUUUGGGAGUUGACCGCUAACAAGGUAAUAAUGGUAUCAGCGAUCGGAAACGAUGGUCCACUAUACGGUACUCUUAAUAACCCAGCGGACCAAAUGGAUGUAAUCGGCGUCGGAGGUAUCGGGUUCGAUGAUCGGAUAGCGAAGUUCUCGUCUAGAGGGAUGACUACGUGGGAGUUGCCGCAUGGUUAUGGACGUAUGAAGCCUGAUAUUGUAACUUAUGGGAGCGGAGUGCGCGGUUCUAGUUUGAACGGCGGUUGUCGUUCUUUAAGUGGAACGUCAGUCGCAUCGCCAGUUGUGGCCGGUGCCAUAGCUCUGCUAGCUAGCGGAGUGCCCCGGCAGAAUUUAACACCGGCUGCUGUCAAACAAGCUCUAUGCAUCACAGCCAGACGCCUGCAGGGGCCCAAUAUGUUUGAACAGGGUCACGGGAAGUUGGAUCUUAUAAGUGCUUAUCAGUUCCUUAGAGAGUACGAGCCUCAGGCCAGCCUAAGUCCUCCGUAUAUAGACCUGACGGAGUGCCAAUAUAUGUGGCCGUAUUGCACCCAGCCACUGUACUACAGUGGCCAACCAACAAUCGCUAACAUUACCAUCAUAAAUGGACUUGGUGUUGCCGGGAAUGUUAAACAUGUAACGUGGCACCCUCAUUUACCCAACGGUCUCAUACUGUCGGUGUCAAUGGAACAUAUCGAUAUCAUCUGGCCGUACUCGGGUUGGCUGGCUCUCCGGUUCAGCGUACUUGAAAGCGGCGCCGAUUUUGAUGGGAUCGUCGAGGGCCAUAUAAACGUAACGGUGGAAAGUUUUGACGUGUCGUUUCGUCAAAAGACAAGAAACAUGACGCUCAUGCUGCCGAUACGAGCGCGCGUGAUACCCGUUCCACUACGAUCGAGACGUCUCCUAUGGGAUCAGUUUCACAGCCUCCGAUACCCGGGUGGUUAUUUCCCCCGGGACGACCUGCGAGCCAAGCACGACCCCCUGGAUUGGCACGCGGAUCAUAUUCAUACGAAUUUCCGUGACAUGUACCUACGGUUGCGCGAACAUGGCUACUAUGUUGAAGUUAUGGGUAGCCCUCUCACGUGCAUCAAUACAUCGUUGUACGGCGCUCUGCUGUUGGUUGAUCCAGAGGAUGAGUAUUUUCCAGAGGAGAUGGCAGCCCUGAAGAAGGCCGUCGAUUCAGGGCUGUCACUUAUCGUGUUCGCCGACUGGUACAACGCGUCGCUGCUGCGUCACGUGAAGUUUUACGACGAAAAUACUAGGCAGUGGUGGAUUCCAGAAACGGGCGGUGCCAAUAUCCCUGCAUUGAACGACUUGCUGAGUAUUUUCCAGGUGGCGUUAGGCGAUCGCGUGUUUGAGGGUACAUUUACAUUAGGAGGACACACUAUGUAUUACGCGAGCGGUACACACAUACACAGCUUCCCUGAACACGGAGUCCUCGUGAAUGCGCAAUUAGUGGACCAAGGGCAGCAGAUAAUGUCUGGUGGAAAACCUAGUGGCAACGCGAAAAGCAACCUACCAACAGUCGAUGUGCCCAUACUAGGCCUUUUGCAGACAGAUGGUGAAACCAAAGAUUAUUCUAACGAUACGAUGGAUAAGUUGCCAAAGGCCGGUCGUCUCGUGGUGUAUGGAGACUCUUCGUGUCUGGAGAGCGGUGCUGGCCGACCGUGCCACUGGCUGCUACUUGCCGCUCUGCAGUACGCCCUCGGCGGACAUGUGCCGACGUCAUUGAAGGAAGCGGCUUCAAAGCAUCGCGAUGUACACAUUAUUCCUUCAGAGUUACCACAACGGGCGGAGGGCGGGCGCCUACACGCGUAUUCGCGUGUGUUAGCUGCUGAUGGUAGUGGCCCUCGUCCAAUACCUGAAUGCGAGGAUAUUUCACCCCUCGUGGCGUCACCUGUGCAAGCUCCUCCGGCCGCCCGCACAUUAGCGCCAAGACACCACCCAACCGAUCCACGAAGUAUAGGGGCACCUGAAACAGAAGGCACCGAACCGGCGCCCCGAGCGUGGCGCGGCGCUGGUGUAGCCCCGGCCAAACAGCGUUCGGACUCCGAAGAGCAUUCGAGUUACAGCAAUAGAGCCCUUAUGUUCAUCGCAAUAUCGGCUAUAAUCUAUUGCACUGUUAUUUUCUGGAAACGCUACGGCAGGAAGAUGAAGCGACGGAAAUUAAUCUCCCUAGCCACCUAG